AUGGUCAGCCCGUCACUUAUCGUGGUUCUGCACCAAGAAAAAAGAAAGCUUGUUAUUCAACUUGCUUAUGCUUUUCUAACUGUCGGUAGUUUCGUGAUGAUCUACCGUGGAUCGGUGGUAUUGCCGUUCGUUUCCGUUGUCUUCUUUGUCAAUCCCAAGUUUCUUCUUAACAAAAUCGCGGAGAUGCUCGGCGGUUGUUGUGUGUGUGCCGAUGAAAAUGGUUGGACCGACAAUCCGCUUAUUUACUGCGAUGGUCCUGGGUGUGAGGUGGCAGUUCAUCAGGGAUGUUACGGUAUCCAAGAAGUGCCAGAGGGAGAAUGGCUGUGUGCGAAAUGCCACGUGGCUGCCAACAGCUACACUAAUGGUGAAGUGAAACGCAAUGGACCAUUGUCAAAUGGUGUGGGCCAUAUCGAAGCCCGUUGUGAACUGUGUCCAUUUGGUUACGGUGCUCUGAAACGAACCGAACAGAAGGGUUGGGCACAUGUGAUUUGUGCGCUUUAUAUUCCUGAAGUACGAUUCGGCGAUGUACAUAGUAUGGAUCCUGUCAUUCUAUCCGAUGUCCCCAUGGAACGCUUCGAAAAACUCUGCUACAUCUGCGCAAACGCCGGUGACUCGCGGGCUGCCCAGAUGGGGGCGUGUAUGUCGUGCAAUAAGUCUGGCUGUAAGAGAGGGUUUCACGUGACAUGCGCGCAGCAACGUGGAUUGCUGUGCGAAGAAGGUGGAGGGAGCAAGAAUGUGAAAUAUUGUGGUUACUGCGAGCAUCACCUUAGGAAGGCGGCUGCUGAUCCUGCGAUAAAGGUGAUCCCACCGUGCCGGAUUAGGGCACACCCGUCAUCUUCACAAAGUUCAGUGCCAUACGAACCAACGCCGCCAAACAGCAACAAUAGCGGUCAUAUGCUCGUCGACCCAAUUCCAAGGCCUGAACAAGUCGGGUCAGUGAUCGGCCUCACACAGUCCACCGAAGACUCCCAUCUGAUCAAUAACUUCUCUCCCCCACUGACAACGUCGAGCAGAUCUUCUGUUGCGUUGGACGCGACUCCGCCAUUGUCAAGUGGUGGAAACGCUGUCCUGGUUGUAAAGCAGGAACAUGUCCUGAAUGGACCACCAACGAACAACUUCAACGCAUUAGUUAAUGCUGCUGUCGUUCAGGCUGCCGAAUUGACGAACCACAACCGGUUAGGGAUGACAUCGGCCUAUAUGCCGGAUGCAAACGGUCAUCAUGACGAAAAGCUGCUCGUCGAUCCUGUAGCUCUAUCUUCUGGCGCUCUUACAUCUUCUGUUGCCAAAGUUGUUGCGGUGAAACGAAGCCGAGACGCAAAGACCGAGAUUGCCGACAAGGCGAAACGCCCUCGCACAAACCAUCGAACGAAAAGCGAAAAGGCGUUACGUGAUCUGGUGGGCCCAAUUGUCUCCGAGACUGUAUCGGACUUCCAUCGGGAAAGGAUUGCUGAUAGGACGGUACCGAGCGCCGCCGUCACUGCUGUCGAUCGACGUAUGGUGACCACAAACGCCACCACACCGUCGACGUCACAUGACGCUCCGCCCGUCCAGCAAGCGCCAAUUGUAAACGCGCAACCAUCCAAUCCGAACGUGAUCGGGACGAGUCCGCUGGCCCUACGACCUCAGGGAAGCAGCAGUGGCGGCGGUCCGUCCAACUCCACUCUGCCGUCUUCAAUGGAACAGUUGCUAGAGCGGCAGUGGGAACAAGGAUCGCAGUUCUUAAUCUCGCAAGCCCAAUUCGAUGUGGCGCAACUGUUGACGUGCUUACAUCAAUUAAAGUCGGAAAACAUCCGGUUGGAAGAACAAUUAGUGCAGUUGAAUCGUCGCCGCGAACAUCUGCUCUCGUUGACAUCACGGUUGUCAGUGCCGCUUGGUGCUCCCCCUCAGCAACAACAACAGCUACAGCAACAACAACAGCAACAACAAGUCCCUUCAUCACUGAACCAUCCACCUCAACCGACUGCAACAGCUGUAGUACCUCAACCACAACCACCGCCGCCAACUGCAAGCUUAGUUAGCCCGCAUCAUUCACCCAUAGUGCCUGCCAGUUCGUCUGUUCCGGUUGCUGCUGUUGGUGUCGCACCACAUUCUGGACCCGGAGGAUCGGGAGUUGAGGACUCGUUGACUCAACUGAGAUCGUUGGCGAGUGGAACCCCACGACCUAAUGUGAGACCACCUAGCCAAGCAUCGUCGGUGCCGUCCACGUCCUCGUUCACCUCGUCUCAGCCGAGUGGAGCAGGAUUUGUGCCACAUGUUCAAAGCAGAACGUCCGCCAAUGUCACAUCAGCGCCACCGCCUUCUAUAGCGACGGCUACGUUAACUACGCCACCGUCGACAUCACAGCCUGCGGUGUUACCGCCGACCACAUCGGCUGCGGUGGUGUCUGCAGAGCUGGCGGCAAACAUCAGCCCAGAGCGGUUGGCUGCCUUAAAUCCGCUGAUAAAUGGUGGAUUUCUAAGCAGAGGCGCAAAUCAAAUGCUGGGCACAGGGAAUGCGAUGGAUCCGCUGAUCACACAAUUUCUUCUGAGCCAAGCGCAACACAGUCAGCAACAGUACCUCGCUGGGAAUUCGACUGCAAAUCUGUUGGCACGUUUCAUGAUGCCACCGAUAAGCGGCACGAACACCUCGGUUCAAGGCGCCGGUGGCAUCGGAAAAUGA